AGUAGUAGCCACAUAGAUCGCGAAGCAAGAACGGGGUUUUCUAGGGUUUCCUUUGGGGUAGACGAGCGAUCGCUGCAAGUUCAUUCGCUGGCUGAAAUUCCGAUCGAAGAAUGGUUUAUCUCCCGACGUGGUUACGCUACGCUGCCAACAGAUUGGAGUAUUCGGUGAACCUUACUUGGAAGAAUUACAGUGUAGGCCAGUUAAACAGAAAGCAAUUUUCUAAUGCUAUUUGGAAAAAUUUCCUCUAUGGCAAACUGACCUUCUGUCAUUGGAAUAAAGGAGAAGAAAUGGCACCUACCUUGGCAGGAAAUGGGGGAACUCUUCUCGUGAGAAAGAUCCCUUUUCCACAGCCAACACAAGUUUUUGUAGGUGAUGUUGUCAUGAUGAAGAACCCUUUGAAGAAUGACGACUACUUUUUUAGAAGAGUAGCUGCUAUAGAAGGUGAUGAGAUGGUGUCUAAUAACGAGAAAGAAGAACCAUUUACUUUAAAGAAGGAUCAAUGUUGGGUGCUGGCUGACAAUGAAUCCUUGAAGGCAAAGGAAGCUCAAGACAGUAGAUUAUUUGGUCCAGUUCCUAUGGGUUGCAUUGCCGGUCGAGUAAUUUAUGCCCUAAGAUCAGCUGUGGAUCAUGGUCCAGUAUACAACAGUCAAAUGGCAAUGGCUCAAGAUUCAUCAGUUUUGGCGGUGGAGCUCGACGUCGAGGAGUUGGUGAAGAAGAUGAAAUCGUAGAUCAUGCUCUAGAUCCGAAAUAAUUCCCAGUUUUCCAAAUUGUUAUCAGUGUGAUGCUUCUCUUUAAUGAGAAGGAUAAAAGGUCACUGGGUGUUUUGUUGAUUGAUGCAUAUUUCAUGAUUUGUUCAUCGAAAACUGUUUUCGAUGUAAUAGCACCUAAUAGAAAUUUUCACUUUCAAUUUGUGGACCCUUAAGAGCUUUUAUUUAAAUUAUUUUGCAGUGAAACAUUUAGAAAGGCAA